AUGGUUGCAUUUUCUUCUUCCAGGUACCUAUUAGCCUUCUUACUCCUCAAUCUUUACCUCAAACUUAUGGAUGCCGAUCCGAAUUUAACUUUUUAUUUCAAGAAUUUUGGUAAAGACUCCAACUUUGAGUCACAGCUUGCCCUGUUUGGGGAUGCUAAGGUUGGGAGGGACAACUCUUCUGUUCAAAUUUCUGGGUCUGGGGUUUCUACUGCUGGUAGGUUUGUUUGCAAGAGGCCCCUUAAUCUUGUUCAUGAAAAAUCAAGAAAAAUGGUUUCUUUUUCGAAUUACUUUGCAUUUUCCAUGUCUGGGGUGAAUGGGGAUGGGUUGGCUUUUGUGAUGCUCCCUUCUCAAUUUCCUUUGAGUGUUUUUAAUGGCGGAGAGAUGGGAUUUUUAGGAGGGAGAAAGAUGAAGUUUCUUGCAGUUGAAUUUGAUACUUUUAAGGAUGAAAAGCAUGGAGAUUUGAAUGGUAAUCAUGUUGGGAUAGAUGUUGGUAGUCCUGUCUCUGUUAAAGUGAGCAAUGUUUCAUCCAUCAAUUUGGUGCUAAAUGGUGGGAAAAAGUUGCAAUCUUGGAUUGAUUAUGAAGCAAGUAGUAAAAGAUUUGAGGUUAGGUUGAGCAAAUUUGGGGAGAGUAGGCCACUGCAUCCAUUGCUCACUUACUCCAUUGAUCUUUCCAAAAUGUGGGGGGAUGAAAAUGUUGUUGUGGGAUUGAGCUCAUCGACCGCUAACGCGUCCCAGAAAAUCAGCGUCCACUCGUGGAGUUUCAAGUCAAGAAUAAUGCCACAAUGGAUGCAUUCCGAGCCCUUGGAUCCGCAGCACUUUGUGGGGAAGGAGGAAGAGAUGAAGGUUCGCAAGAGAAGCGACUGCACAUUGAGAGUCCUUUCUUCGUUGGUGUUGGGCACCGGGUGUGGAGCGCUGGGGGCGUUCCUAGUGUUGCUCCUGUGGACUGUCUUGGGUGAUAGGCGCCCCAUCGUGCCAGAGGAAUUCGUUGUUCAACAAUCCAAGGAGUUGGGAUACAAGAAGUUUGAUGCUUCUGUAGAUAAAACCGUCGAAGAUGGUAAGGUUUAG